UUUUGUUGAAGGUGGCCAGACUUGGACAAAGUACUAUCGUCGGUCAACAGUAAGCCAACAUCCCAUGCGUCGCAGAACGGACCAGUGAACCAACCCGAUCGGUCGACAGGAGCGAAGAAGGCAUCGACUGAGCCUCAAUCCAUGCGAAGAGUUUCAAAAUAUUCUCGUAAUCGUCGGCUUAGCAACGCCGCUAGUCGCAGGAGGACGCAAUGGUUGGCCGCGUCGUGCUCCUCAAUCUCGUCUGAAAGUUCGGAGCAUGAGGACUUGGCCUGCGAAAUGGGUCAUCAGGCGUGUUCAAGUGCGAGCAAUGGGAAAGAUCAUGCGAAGUUAACCAGAGAAAGGAGACUUCGAGCACUGAGAGACAAACUUUCAUCUAAAGGCCAGACUUUUGAAUCGCUCGAGUUGUUGUCGACGAACAAACGAAACGAACUAGCAAGUCUUCUUCGCACUCGUCGCUCGCGUGUGGUGCUUGAUGUUUGUCUAUUGUGGGCAUGCGUGUAUGAUGUUGAGCUCAUAUCUUAUUUUCUAAAACUUGGGGCUAACCCAGAUGCUGCUGACGCAGAAGGGUUCAGUGCGUUGCAUUUGGCAGCAGAAAACGGUGAUGCGCAAAGUAUCGUUAAGCUCGUCAAUGCUGGGGCUCAAGUGACCGGCCCAUCGAUAUGGGACAACAAGAAGGAAGUAACUCCUAUGAUGCUCGCCGCUAGAGUAGGUCGCAUUGAGACACUAAGGGAGUUGAUUAAUGCCGAUGCAGACGUCAACACGGGACUCAAUACAGGGAAGGAAGUUGCUUUACACUAUGCAGUGCGAGCGCGUAGCAUUGAGUGUGUUAAGCUCCUACUGGAAUCUUCGGCCGUACCGAACCCUUCGACUCUCUACAGUGAAACACCUCUUCACGUGGCCGUCGGUGAAGGCUACGAGGAAUUAGUGGCAGUAUUAUUAGAAGCUGGGGCUGACGUACGAGCAUCGCGUGGUAUUACCAAGAUGGCCGCCCUUCAUAUAGCUGCGCAAGAGGGAAAUGUACGGAUUGUGAAGCGCUUACUUGAUGCUGGCGCAGAUCCGAAACAAACGAACUCCCGAGGACAAACCCCGCUGCAUCUUGGUGCGCGAUCUCAAUCAGCCGAUACCGUGCAGGAGCUUUUGAGGCACAAAGCUGACCCUAACGCCAGAGAUCAGGACGGAAAAACACCGCUUCACGCCGGGAUUUUUAAGGGUUCCAGAUGCUACGAAUGUCUUGAACUGCUAAUACAAGCGAAUGCAGACCCGAACGCUGCAGAUUUUGCUGGUUACACUCCUCUUCACUUAGCAGCUUUGAACGAAUCUUCUUAUUGUGUUCAAAUGUUUCUUAAAAAGGGAGGCGAUGUAUCUGCUAAAACAAAAGGAGGGCUAUCAGCUCUCAACAUCAUCCUCAGGAAAACACCCACGGGCCUCUACCACCUGCAAGAAGUCCUCGAUGCAGCCAUAGACCACGACGACAGGGAUCCCCAUCGCGAUCCCGAAACUCAGACGCAGCUGGACUUCAGUGUGUUUCGAGGAGCCAAAGGACGGGAACCUGAGUGUCGGCUACUCACGUGCUUCAUGAACGAAGGCCAAAGGCUGCUACUUAAACACCCUCUAUGUGAGAGCUUUCUGCAGCUCAAAUGGCAGCGAGUGAGGAUGUUCUUCAUAAUUAACAUAAUAUUUUACACAAUUUUGACCUUGGCAAUCACAUUAUACACGUUGCAAUCUUUCACUUCACAGCCCAUGUGCCCGAGUUUGUCUCAUGAAGCAAGAGUAGAUCCUAUCCCCACUGCAUAUCCUACAACACAUCAACCCAAGGUAGAGGUCCCGAUGAACGCGCCGUCACAACAUCCAGCAGCGUCUUUGAAUUCAUCGAACUUGACGGCCACGCGCAUGCUGUUCAUAGUGAACUUCCGUGUUGGGCAGACAACCACGGAGGAAAUUGCCAAAUGCUUAAUGGUGGUAAAAGAGAUCCUCACGGUCGUCAUCUGGAUCAUGACGGCAGCACUGACAACAAAAGAGUUAGUCCAGCUUCUAGACUCGCCAAGAACUUACUUAUCAACUCUGGACAAUUUUCUUGUUUGGCCAAUCAUCAUAUUCACGUACAGCCUGACUAUUUCAGGAUAUUACGCGGAAACACGGAGCGACUGGGAGUACCACGCGGCUGCCUACUUGAUUCUCUUCACUUGGAUUGAGCUGCUACUGUUAAUAGGAAGGUUCCCUCUAUUCGGGCUGUACAUUCAGAUGUUUGCUCAAGGAACCAAAAAUUUGGGCAAGUUUCUGUUGGCUUACAUGUGUUUUAUCAACGCGUUUUCCCUUAGUUUUGGGGUGUUGUUCCACAAUCACGACCCCUUCAAAAAUAUUCUAUUGAGACUUCUACAAACCAUCGUGAUGAUGACGGGAGAGCUCGAGUACGAUGAACGCUUCUUCAAAAGUGAACAAAUCCUUUACCCCGGAACAGCCCACGUAAUUUUCGCUAUGUUCCUCAUAUUCGGAACUGUAAUUCUGAUGAACUUGCUCGUCGGCUUGGCGGUUUCAGACAUACAGGGUCUGCAACAGUCCGCAGGACUGGAUCGACUAGUUCGACAAACUCAACUCAUUGCGUCACUCGAGAACAUUUUCUUCAGCCGUUGGCUAUCGAUGGCUUUGCCAAGCGGAAUGCUCGUCAUGGUGAGAGAUCGAAUUCUGUUAUUACCUUCACAUUACGGAGGCGUGUUAUCGGUGUCUCCAAAAAACGUUAAUGGAUUCAAACUCUCCCAUGAUCUCCUUGAAUCUAUCCGUAGAGUUGCAACCUAUCGGAACCACAGGACUUGGCGGCGCACAGCUUUCGCAAAUUUUAGAUCCAUUAGCCAAGCAACGCAAUACGGCCAUGGAAGCCAAGAAAAAGACACAGCCAGAGGCAUCGAGGCUGUGCACUGCGGUCUCGAGCUUCUUAUCCGAGAGGCGGACGACAGCAAGAAGGAAUCACGGCUCAUCAAGGAAUCGCUGGCAACGGUGGUGGCUCAGCUUGAAAAGAUCCUCUCGAAGCGUAAAGAUCAAGAAACAGAUGUGCGACGGAGGGAAUCUUGCUGAUCAGUUGCAGCAAGUUUGAUGUUAUUUUGAGUUAGAAACAAGAGUACCAGUGCCAUGAACAAUGCGACUAGCAUCGAGACCAGAAGGUCGAGAUUAUCAACAAUUUUUCCAAAUCAAUACUCACCAAUAUGGGGCGGAAACACUCAAGUGGCCAAGCCGCUAAAGCCAGCAAAAAGGAGCAGCGUUGACAUCGCGACUUUCUCAUUCCUUCGUCACAAGACGCGAAGAAAUAAGAAGGGACGAGCGAACCGUAACAGCCACGAAGACGGCCGUGCGAACAGGUCGCUUACAUGGGACGUCGGCCUUCGCUCGAUUGCGACAAGAAAAUGCAAGGAAUCCUGCCUACGCAAUAACAACAAAUUAACCCCACAACUACAGCAUAGACAACAAAUUAACCCUAAAACUGAAGCCCUCAUUCAGAUACCUCAAAUUUUACAGCGGGGCGCCAUGUAAUCAAGGAACACGUAACCCUAUAGCACUUGUGAUUAAAUUAGGAAUGAUUUUUGGGUCGUAGUUAUGCUUUUAACAAUUACUGUAAAAACUUUCUUUGCGAACGUAAGUAAGAACGAGGCGCAUUAAAACAAACGAAAAUAAGAUUGACUGUAUUACAAAAAAAUAUAAACGUCUUGUCAGCUCCAUGGCCGACGGCAGAAAGGCACAGAAGCGAACAAAAGCUCGGUUCAUAAAACCGUGGUUUAAAGCCCUGAUGGAAAAAUUUUCUUAGGUUCGAGCACAUUUUUUUAGAAUUACCUAGUACAAUAUUAGGUUUCAUACAGAAUUUUAUUCAGAUGUAACAGUGUCUUAAAUAAUAUUGGAAAAUAAAAAGUCAUAAUCUCUUGUUCGUCACUACUGAGCAUGGCACACACGUUGCAAACACUUUAUUUUAAGGUAUAUGUUAUCAUUGUUAUGUGAUGAUUAUAUUGAACC